AUGGACAAUCGGCCAAAAAUCGAAUUACUUCAAGCCGAGGUGGACGAAAACGACCAAAGCUUUUUCCGUCUCUUGGUCGACGAUUUGUCUAUCAGAUACAUCACUGUGGAACCUCACAUCUAUAGCGCCGAAGAUAUGUGUUUUGGUCCUUCCCUAGUCUCUCUCUUGCCGGAUUUCCCCCCAGGAGACUGGAACGAUGGACUAGUGGCCAGAGAUGCCAAGGACGGUCGACCAUAUUUUGCGUGCUUCAACUUGACCCAAUUCCCUGGCGUGCAGAACACCUGGCAUGGAACCUAUGUCGACUACCUGGAGCUUUCGAUCGGACGAAAGUUACGAACGGGUAUUUAUGAAGCCAGACAUCCACUCUUCGAUGAUGUUGUCGUCGCCAAAUUCGCUCGUUUUCCCUGGGAGAUUCAAUAUAUCGAGAAUGAAACCACGGCAUAUCAAUGGAUAUCCGGCCAUACUAUCGGACCCCGAUUUCUUGGUCAUUUGACUGAAAACGGUCGUGUGAUUGGGCUCCUCAUGGAACGCAUAAUUGAUGCACAGCACGCGGGCACUCGGGAUCUUGAGGCCUGUAGAGAGGUAUUGUCUCGACUACAUGAUCUAGGAGUCCGACAUGGGGAUACGAAUCGAUAUAAUUUCCUCGUCCGUGGUUCAAAUGCUACGUUGAUCGAUUUUGACACGGCUCAGAAAUGUGACGAUCGAAACUUGCUUCUACAGGAAUCUGUCAAUUUAACUAUGCGCCUUCAAGAUCCGUCGACCAGAGGAGGUGGAGGUCUUGUUUAG